AUGUCAUUAUUAAGUUUGCCAAAAAGGUAUUCAGAGGCAUGUCACAAGGCAUACUACACAUCAGGAAUUGCACCAGAACUGCUCACCUGUGAAUGGAUGUAUGUUGUUAUCAUGGAACUGCUUGAGAAAUACAGUUCACUGUUCUCUCUUGCACAAGAACAAAAGCUCUCACAGUUAGUGGAGGAGAAAGUUAUAGAGGCUGGGGAAGUGGUCUACCCACCCUUCAUGAACAAAGAGAUUGAUUGGCAGCCUGGUGUCAAGGUUGGAGAGAAGAUCCUGCCAGAGCAUGAUCCGGGCAUGCUGGAUAAUGAGUUCAAAAAUGUCUAG